CCCCGACGCAUUUCGCUUUGCACUGAGAAUGAUUCAAAGGCACGGAAGCGAUUCCAAAGCGAGGGAACGAAACGAGCUCACUGAUUCGAAAUGUCGCCAACGCGCGCAAAGACGUGUUGGGAGUUGAGCGGCGCGCAGCUGCGGCCCAAACGUUUCCUUCCUCUUUCCCGAGACGACGCAACCCAGAUUGAUGCCUGAUAGUCACAAGCAGACUUUACUGGUCCACGCAGCAGCAAAUACGCCGACGCUCGCCGUUUAUCGCGGUACUUUCAGCCUCGACUCGACUGCGCGUGACUCCUUUCUCUGUCAUUUUCUCUGGCAGCUUCCAUCCUGAGCGCCUUUCGUCGCGGCGACUUGGACCCCUCGGGGUCAAAGCACGGCGGGCGUUUCCGGUGGUGACGCUAAUCUAGCGUGCUCAAUGUUCGCUGUGGAGAUGUCAGCGGCGUCGCGUCCUCAAGUCAGCUAAAGGUCGACCGCAACCGUCAGCCCGAGAAGAGCCUCGGCCCGAAGAGAGAGCGCCAAACCUUCCCGUGAUGCCGCCGCCGUCGUUCUUUUAGCUCCACCUGCGCCCCGCGUUCGGCAUACUCGACCAUGCUGCGGCAAUCAGAGCUCGUUUUUGACUUCGCCAGCGAUCACGUCGACAACCUGUCGGGGUUGGGCCUUGCCUCGGAUUUCUCUGCUGUGCUGUUGGAGCAGAUGUCAAAUCCGCAGCUGCUGUCAUAUUCGAGGUGUUCGGCUGAAGACCCGCACGUGGCACAGGAGCACCUGCACACGCUUCAAGUGGAGGAGCCGACUGAAAGCGGAGACGAGGAAACCAUGGAAACGCUGGUUGCGGCAGAGUCACUUCUGGACUUGGACUGUUCUGAUGCGCUGUCUCUGGAACACUACGCCCAGAGCUUCCUGCCGCCACUGGGCGAGGUCAUGGCCGCUCCUGUCGCUCAGUUGAGCGUGUGUGCCGAGGGCAUUUUGGGAACUGUGGAGGAACCGCGAUGGCACACGUUGCGCGCGGACCAACCCGCCACGCAGCCGCAGCCGCAGCCCAAACAGAGAAGUAAAAAACGACAUCGGAGGGCCGAGUCUCCCACUCCUGACAUCCAAGUCAAACGGGACAAAUACAAUAAAGGUGGAACCACGCUGUACCUGUGGCAGUUUCUGAUGGAGUUGCUGCAGGACAGACAGGUUUGCCCCCGCUACAUUAAAUGGACCAAUCCCAACGCGGGGAUCUUCAAGCUGGUCAACUCCAAGGCGGUGGCGAGACUCUGGGGCAAACACAAAAACAAGCCGGAUAUGAAUUACGAGACCAUGGGCAGGGCACUCAGGUACUAUUACCAAAGAGGCAUCCUGAAUAAGGUUGAAGGCCAGCGCCUUGUCUACCAAUUCACGUCCCUCCCCAAAGAUAUGAUUUACAUCACAGACGGCGACAAAGAGGAAGAAGACGAAGACAACGGCGGCAGUGCCAAUGACGCAGCGAGUGAGGAUUCUGAUGACGGCGCCGUCUGCUCAAGUGACCAAUCGGCGAAGGAGGAAGAUUCGGUCCCACCAAAGAAGUCGUUUUGCCCGGUCCAGCGGAUCGGGCCCACCCGCGACACCGUCCUCCGAGCCGCCGGCUCCAGCCUCAUCCAAGAGCAGCAUUUGCCCAUCGUGUCCGCCGAGAUGCUGCGCACGCUUCAGAACCUGCAGAAGGUCCGGUCCCUCCAGCCGGCCGGUCGGGCCUCCGUCUUCAAAACGGCCCAGCUGCUGGGGAGUCUGUGCGAGCAACAGGAUUCCGCCGACAGGUUGGGCGUGCUGGAUCCGCAGCUAGUAACCAAAACUUCUCAGGUGGAGAUCUCCAAGCUGGUGCCUUUUGUUGGUUCUGACCAGUAGAUUAGCGCGCACACUCCGCUGUCGGCAAACAAGCGUUCCUAAGUAAGGCCCCAAAAGAAAGCCUGUAGCUCCCGGUGUCCCGAAUGGGCCUCUGGGUCCCCCGCACCCCCAAAAAUGCACAAGAAACCAAAGACAUGCACUGGAACCUGCGGCGUUUGCUUGCACUCGCGGGCGGCACCUCGCGGCCCUCCGCGAUUCUCGCUCCGUGGUCUAACCUCUCUCUCGUGCUGAAUCAUUCCUCCUCUGCCUCGACAAGGACUUUGCACUAAAUGUUUCUUCCUGCUGUACGUUUCUUGUUGAAGUGCCUGACGAGCUCGGCGUCUCCUGCCCCCACCCCCCCAGUCUCGCUGAGGGCAGUCAGGGAAACAUUCCACUUUUUUGAAAGUUACGAGUACGCGCGCCUUUUUGAGUUGCUCAAAAUAAGGGAUCACUGUUCCAGUCGUAAUUUAGCACUGCCGCUGUUAAGUAUCUCCCGCAGCCUCCUUUUAGUUUUGGACAAUCACAAGUGAUCUCUGUGUUUUGUAUUUAGCUCCCGUGUCGUCACACUGCAACUACGAAGCUUCCCUGCUAUGCACUUGUUGUGUCUCACGUCUGAAGCUUUGAUAUCUUCUUGUGUAUGUCGGUGAACAUGCUUGACUUGUGCCUUGGUUGCCAUUUCUUCUCUCUCAGGUUUCGUUUUGCCUUGAUGCAAAAAAUAAAAUAAAAUGGCUGACCUUUCA